GGCUUAGGUGUUGAAAAUAGUUCCAUGAAUACCCGGCACUUAAUAAAGUGUUUUCAUUCUGGGCUAUCUGAGCCUGCGUGCGCGCGAUAACGAGAUAAUUUGUCCCCAGGCUGAAUGUGCUUAAAAAGAUCCAAACAGGAAAGUACGCUCUUCUCUCUCUCUCUCUCUUUCUCUUACUCACUCUCUUUCUCUCUCACUCUCUCUCUCUCUCAUUCACUCUCUCUCUCUCUUUCUAUCUCGUGCGCGAGCUCGUGGAGACACCAGUUGGUCCCUCGCGCCCUAUAAUACCACGCACGACGUGCUCUACCUUCAAUGAAAGCUGGCUGCGUCUGAGCGCCGGAUCCUUUUGCGUGAGCCGCCUGCAGCUGUUCAAUCAGACGGCAUUAACGCGGGGCGUUCGCGGGGUUGCUGGUUUGUUUGGGAUUGCUGUCAGAAGUGAUGAGGACUCCUGAGGUGAUGCUGUCUUUUUGGAACUAGGAGACACUUUGGAGACUUGUCAGGUUGGCCACCGCUGCUUUUCUUCCCAUCGCUGCGUGAAAUUUGUCUCAUCUCAAGAAUGGCCUUCUACUCCCAGUCUGUGGUCGUGCUGCUUUACGGAUGGAGCUUUCUGUGUCUUGGAUAUUGCACGAUGCUGAAGGCGAACAGUUCCCCGCAGAGACGGAAGGUGGAUUUUACACAUUCGGUGGAUAAAAGGGACACAGUGAAGGGAGAACGGGACCUGCUCUUGCAGGAUACAAUGACGAAGCACAUGCAGAUGUUGUAUGCGAAGUACAACCGAGCGGGAUUUCCCUUCAGAGACGGCAACACUGUCCGCAGCUUCAAGGCGCAUUGGGGUACUAUAAAUGAGAAACACCUGCAGAUUUUUAACCUGACUUCCCUCACCAAGUCAGAAGAUGUUCUGUCUGCCACUCUUCAUUACUACAUUGGAGACCUUCAGAACAGCACCUGGGGCUGCUCCAGGUCCAAAAGCUGUGGCCGCCAUGCUCUCCUCAGACACAACCACAUCCACAUGGUCAUCUGGAGUUUUGCCUCCAUAGAUAAUAAGAUGAGGAGCCUUGGACACUUGCGGAUCAAUGUGUCCACCCUCUACAGGGACUUCAUUUCUUGGCAGUGGAAGGACAUAACUCGUGUGGUCAACCAGGCCAAACACCACGAAGAGCUGCUUAUUGGAAUUGAUGUCGCUUCACAAGGGCCCCAACCAUGGAAGAAGCUUCUGUCGGACCGUUCACCCUACAUCCUGGUCUAUGCCAACGACUCUGCCAUCUCAGAGCCAGAGAGCGUGGUAGCCACUCUGCAGAGGCACGGCUCAGGGCCCAACAAGGGGCAGAUGCCACACAGACCCCAGAAAGUGGGGGCGCAAGAGCGGAACAACACUGAGCAUCUGCAGCCCAGACACAGGCGCUCUGUGAACGUUCUGCUGCCUUUGCAAAACAAUGAGCUUCCUGGGUCUGAGUAUCCCUACGAAACCACCGGGUGGGACGAGACGAGUCCACAUGAGCCUUUUAAGAAAAAACAGAGCCGUCGGCCGCGGAAAAAGACACGCAAGAACCAGCAGCAGAAGAUGCCCCUGCUGCAGUUUGAUGAGCAGACGAUUAAAAAGGCACGAAAGAAGCAGUGGAACGAGCCCAGGACCUGCGCUCGGAGGUACCUGAAAGUGGACUUUGCUGACAUUGGAUGGAAUGAUUGGAUUAUUUCACCAAAGUCAUUUGAUGCCUACUACUGCUCAGGCUCCUGCCAGUUCCCCAUGCCAAAGGCCUUGAAGCCCUCCAACCACGCAUCCAUCCAGAGCAUCGUGCGGGCGGUGGGUGUCGUUCCUGGCGUUCCAGAGCCGUGCUGUGUCCCGGAGAAGAUGUCGUCCCUCAGCAUCCUGUUCUUUGACGAGGACCAGAAAGUGGUGCUCAAAGUCUAUCCCAACAUGACGGUGGAUUCCUGUGCCUGCCGGUAGUCCUCUCUCCCAUCAUGCACCUCACAUUGUACUGAGUGGAAAGCAGCGCCCCCUUCAGCGGCUCUCCCUCCCAUGCGACCAAUCACAGGAGAGCAGUCUUUGUAAAGAGGAACUGAAGGACGGUGCGAGCGAUCCUGCUGUCAGACCCAGGUUCUUCAUGCUGUCAUGACCUCCCCUCCACUGAACCAACAAAAGCCUGAAGGAGACCAGAACGUGCACUGAGGGGGGGGCUUCAUAGUUGCAGUUUUUAUCGCAAAGUCACCUCGGUCUGCUCAUGCAUGUCUUUUUUCACCUGUCAGAUUGUCUGUGUACCAUCACUGAAUACAAAUGAAGGAGGGGGCAGCAGGUGACCAGGCACAUCUGUGCUCCACACAUUUCUUAGGAAGCUGUGUUCAGGACUCCCAGCAGAGACUGUGGGCAGACCGAGUUUCCUCCAUCACAGCCAUCUUCAAGCCGACAGGAACCAGAAUAUCUGAGCUGAGUCCAGAAAAGCUGGACAGGAGUUUAAGAGACUAUAGAAAAGGCUUUUAAGGCCACAUGUAAAAGCAAGAAUCGCUCAUUUUUUAGUUUUCCAUCUUACUGUGUUUAAUUAUUUCACAUCUAAAAAGACAUGCUUAAAAACAACAAAAAAGUCCCAAAAGGAAAGUAACACAAGGCUGUGUUUUUAGAGAAGCCAGGACAGAAGCUGCCAACACGUUCACGGCUUCAGCAUUGACUUUGCGGCCAGCUGCCCCCCCAUCCUCCCAUCCUCCUAAGCUCUGUAAGUCUGAAUGUUGAACCACAACCCUGAGUCGCAGUAAGGGGAGUCCUGUGGAAAAGACUGUGCCAAGGUGCACGUGUGUCCACGUGUGCGUGUCUUCUAACAGUCAUUGGCAUGAAGCAGGGGCUCAGUGGGAGCACACCUUCACAGGAGAACAGCUCAGCACCAAAGUGCCUCCUCUUCUGUUGUCAUUCAUAACACCGUCAUCUAUUUAUUUAGAACAAAUAUGCUUACCUUGUUUUAAAAAAUCCUCAAUAUGCAACCACCUUGACCUUUUCUCUCCACGUGUUUAUUGACUUGUACAUAGUACAAUGUUGCAGUUCCUCUGAAGGGCCGACGUUUGCUCUGCCUGAGCUGACUCCACAGGGAAACCAGCGUCUGAGGAGGUUUGGACGGUACAAAAUGAAACGUCUUCACGUCUUCCUGUGGAGCUAAUUCUGUCCAAUGUCAAGAUAUUUAGGAAAAUGUCUUCCAGGUUCAUUACUCUUGAUAUUCCAGUCAUAAAUGUGCCUUAAUUAGAAAGAAAAGCAGCAGAUUUUUUUAGCUUUUGUAUUUUUGUACUGAUGUGUUUUCAGUUAGAUUCAACUGAGAUUUGGAUGUGCUGCAGAAUGCACUUCUGCUUUUUCACGUCUGCAUUGUAGCUCCAUCUUCCCUGUAAAUGUUAUUCUGGAGGUAAAGGACAGACGCUUGUACCAUAAGCUUUACAAAGUAUAUAUUUGUAUAUGGAAAGACCUUUAAUGUGCAUUUAUUUAUUAUCUUGUUGAGGUGAACUCUGAAAAAGCUUUUCAUUUGUGAUGGACAUGAGUCCAAGGGACAAAGAAGAUUCAUUUGAUCUGAGUUUCAAGCCUCCUUUGAAAGCAUUCAAACAAACGAAUAAAAUUAUGCAAAACAAGGA